AUGGUCCGCCGCUUGCAGAUACAGGCCGACAUCGGGAACGAUGGCACUCCAAGCAAGAAGCGACGAAAGCUCGAGAAGCUGGGAGAAAACGCGAGCACCGCUUUCGCCUCACAACACGCAAUGGAGGCCUUCCAACCACUGCAUGCAGAGCUCUGGUGGCACGACGGAAACGUCAUCAUUGCCGCAGACCAGAUGUCCUUCAAGUUGCACGCCAGCGUCCUCGAGCGGCACUCGAGCGUCUUCAGCGAGCUGCUGAACGAUGCACAGGCUCGUCAUAAUCCUCCAGAACUUUUUGAAGGCUGCCGGGUACUGCGUGUUGAUGACAAAGGUGUGCAUUUGGCUGAGUUGUUCCGGGUUUUGUAUGAUGGCGGCGGGUGCGUACUCGAGGCUUCAAACAUCAUCUACCGUGCUCAUUCGGCCUCUUGCAGAGGCUUCUUCGACUGGAGAAAGCCCAUUGAGUUUACAGACUUACGACGAAUCACACUUGUUGCCAUCAAGUACAAGGUCCAGCACAUUAUUGACGAAGCCGUCGUUCGUCUGGAAUACCUCUUCCCAACCUCUUUCGACCCCGACCGUCUCGACUCUGACUUCUACAUAGGCGUUCAUGAAGGGCAUCCGGUGCAUUGUCCCGAAGCUGCUAAUGCUAUUGGUGUCGCAGCACUGGCCAGAGCGAUUGACCAUGAGAACCCCCCUCCGUUUAUCGUCAUGGCCUUAUACCGUUGUACCAGUUUCGACGCGAAGACUCUCCUCGAUUUACAAUCUUAUGACGAGCAGCUGGCUUCUGUCGAUCUCUCUUCGUGCCUCGGCGCCAUCACCAGCCUGGAGACAGCCGUCCGGAAAGUCAGAGGCCCAGUUGCUGAUGCUUUGGACAAGCCGAUGUGCAGCAGCAAGGUUUGCCAUAGCGGCAUGAAAAGCCUCGUAUGCGAGUGGAUCCGGAGCGGCAUGUUUUCAGGUCCUUACCCCCUCAGCUCGUGCGAACGAGGAUUCCGGAGGCACGCAGAGAAACACCCCAACAAGAAGGUAUGCAAGAGUUGCGAGGAAGGUUUGAUUAAGGCCAUCAAUGAGCGGCGCCGCGAACUUUUUGCGGACCUGGGAAAGAUAUUCAAUAUUUCCACUUGGCCUGCCGGCAUCCAAGCCAAAGUCUGA